AUGACACAAUUUCGUCAGAAACUUCAUACAAUUCUAGAAAAAUCCAUCAGAAGAAAAAAGGGUGAACUUACCAAGCAUGAAGAUGAGCAAAAAUGGCCAACACCAAUAACCCAUAGCAGGAAGAAUAGUGGCAAUACUACCACGAACGACACACACUGCGGUCAUAACAAUACCAAAAUACAUGUACAAUUAACAGAUGUGAGGAUGACUGUGAAAAAGGGUAAUGACGGUGACCAAACGCGAUUGUUCAAUGACAUACAUCAAACCAAACCACAAGCAAUAAUAUCACCAGUACCUGUAACAUCAAUAGUACUAAUAAUAGAAGUAAUAAUACAAGAACGAAUAUCAUGUCCACUCCAAAUUGUACUAUUUAUGUUAAAUUAUUUGGGUUUAGGACUUGAGUAUUGA